AUGGCAGAGCGGCAAGAAAAAGAAGUGUCGACCGACGGUGAAAAACAGUGUCGAGCAAAAGCCAAGCAGGCGAUUGAGCAAAUGUCGAGCGAUGUCGAGUGGGCGAAUGCUGAUAGGGCAAAUGCCAAGCAGUUGCGUCCAUUUAAUUUCUUCAAAGGAAGGUGGCGCGGCACAAGCCGGCCGCUGGAAUGGUUGGCGGACUUGGAUAUUGUUCUCGUGCCAUUCGGCGACGGUGGCGAUGUCAAGAUCAUGAAAGGCUGGAGAGACAUCUACACCACGGAAAAUAUAAUCGAACAGAUUCCCAGCGCACAGAAGAAGUUAAAAGCUGUGAUAAAAGAGUACGUGGAUUUGUACAAAGAUCAGAAUCCGUCCAUCAUCUGCGUCGGCCACAGCCUCGGCGGCUCCCUCGCCAUAGUCAGCGCUUUUGAUAUAGCGAACAGCGGACUGUCCGAGAUCAACGGCAAUGAUCAUAUUCAGGUAUGCGCUGUGGCGUUCGAUGCCCCCAGAGUCGGGAACCAGGCGUUCAAUGACGCCUUGGAGAAACUACCGAAGACAAAAGUUUUAAGAAUCAACAAUAUUAAAGACAUUGUCGCCUAUUGGCCGCCGUGUGAUGGCUACGUCGACACCGGUAAAAUUUUGCCCAUUAAUUCUGAGGAAUCGACGUUCUUGAAGAGUAAGGGAGACUACGAAGGAGAUCAACUGCUUGCGAAAAUAGCUCAGUGGCACGCACUGCAAGUGAUUCUACACACCGUGACUGGAUGGAGGACAGAAUUCGACGCGAUGCAAGUGUUCCAAAGUAAAUACAUCGUCCCCUCGGAUGGGUCUAGUGGUUAG